AUGGAAAGCACCCUGAAAGUCACAUUGCCCAAUGCUCCAAAGAUCCCUAGGCAGUACAAAACUCCUACAUUAAAGCCAGGGAAGCAAGGCCAGAACCUCCAGCCAAGUGGCAACAGCAGUCCUGACUUCCCACCAAGUGGCAACAGCAGUCCUGACUUCCCACCAAGUGGCAACAGCAGUCCUGAGCCAAGCCCAAAACCGGACGCCGAGGCACGCCAGCACCGAGAGCCGCCGCACGCCAGCACCGAGAGCCGCCGGACGCCGAGGCACGCCAGCACCGAGAGCCGCCGGACGCCGAGGCACGCCAGCACCGAGAGCCGCCGGACGCCGAGGCACGCCAGCACCGAGAGCCGCCGGACGCCGAGGCACGCCAGCACCGAGAGCCGCCGGACGCCGAGGCACGCCAGCACCGAGAGCCGCCGGACGCCGAGGCACGCCAGCACCGAGAGCCGCCGGUCGCCGAGGCACGCCAGCACCGAGAGCCGCCGGUCGCCGAGGCACACCGAACGAUCUAUACUCCCAUCAAGGCACCCCGAGGCACACCAGACCAGGGAGCAGACAUCCAGUCUGCAAACUUCCCUUCUGCGUAGUAUAUUAACAAAACAGGAAAUGAUGAUGGACCAACUGCGCAUCAUCUUUAAGACCCUACAGGGUAUGAAAGCGACUGAUGAGGCAGAGAUAGGCCUGGAUCGAAAUUUGUUGCCCGUCAAAGACGUCAGUUCUCUUCAGAACCUGGAGGAACAACUGCAGAGUAUUCCUGACCUCCAGAAACAGUUGGUGAACACGCUGGCUCUCAAAGGGGGGACUGACAUUCGUGAGUGUGUUUGGAGGAUUAUGCACGCAAUGAUUACAAACUCCUUGGCGAAGAAUAUCAACAUGAGAGGAAUAAAUGGAAAGAUUGGCUUUCAGCGCCUACAGAUAAGAGAUGUUGUGAUUGCUGCUGUGAGGCGUAACCGUCUGACAUCUGGGGCCACGGACCAAGAAAUAGAUUCCACCAUCAAAAGAUGGCUUCAUCUGGCUCCGGAUAGGGAUGGUGGCAGGAGGGAGAGGAUGAGGAGAAAAGAGCGUGAAGAGAGCAGGACAGCAGUAAACAAUUUAAUGAACUGAAACAUGGCAUAGACAUGUGUGCAGAGUACAACGGGUUCAUGUACUGAAACAUAGCAUGGAUGUUCAGAAGUUGUUUUUUGUCAAGUGUUUCACAAGUUUACAAGUGCAAAACCGAACUGAAUUUCAGCUGGAACAGCGGGAGGCCAGGACUGUGUUUGUUAUCCUGGACGAAAGUUGUGUGCAGAGUACAACGGGUUCAUGGACUGAAACAUAGCAUGGAUGUUCAAAAGUUGUGUGUGUUUUACAAGUGCAAAAUCUAACUGAAUUUCAGCUGGAACAGCAGGAGGCUGGAUCCGUGUUUGCUAACCUGGACUGGGCUAAAACACUUAACCUGGUCUGGAUGUUGUGGGAAAUAAAUACCAUAAUUUCUGUGCCGGAGAGAUCCUCACGCCAAACUAUGUUCAAAAAUCUUUUAUGUACAAGUGUUUUGUACAAGAAUUUCCUAUUUGUCUGUACAUUUUUACAAAUGCACUGCUGACGUGGGGGGGUUGAGGUGAGAGGAGAUAAGUGGAGGAGGGGACUGGAAAAAAGAGAGGAAGAGAUUGUCUGGCAAAUAAAAUUUACAGUUUUGAAAAUGGCUUGAUGUGGAAAAAUCAAUAAAUAUUUUUCAUAAAACGUC